UUAUUGUUUGGUAAAAAUUACAAAUAACAAUAACAACUUUAUUACUUUACUUUGUUGUUAAUCAGUUUGUGGAAUACAUACAUACUGAGUUUGUUUCUAUUAUAUCAAUUUCGGUGUUACCAUUGGGCAAUAUUAGUUUAUCAAAACAUUUCCAUGUAGGGGCAUCCCCGUUUUAACUUAUAAAUGAUGAAUUGCAUUUUUAUAAUAUAAGUAACAACUGAUAAGGCCGCAUUCAAAAGUGAUAUAUAAGAAUAAACGUUCAAUCGAAGCAGACAACGUAUUCAGCUAACUUUAAAAUAAGUCGCCGCAUAUUUUACAAGUAAAUUUUCUCAAUUACAAUGGCGUUGGUUGAAUGCAUAAUCGACAGAAUGGUGUCUAAGGCGUCGGUACCGGCGGCGCCGGUGUUGCGUGACCUAAACGCGGUACUAGCUGACAUCUACGUCAGGCAUAUUGCGCUUAAGAAGGAGGACUGUUAUAACUACUACGAAGUUUUCACAAAUAUAUUCUACCGAAUACAUCAGGCUAUGAAGGAGGUGGAUACCUACUAUGCCAAGUAUUCUAGUGAGGUAAAGUUCGCGGGAAGUCACUAUGAUAGACUGCGCAUAAACAAGCCCGACGAGUACGACAUGGUGAUCGUGGUCGAUGUACCCUUCAACUCCAUACAGAUCGAGCCGAAACAUCCCGGGUACGUGCAGCUGCGCGACGGAAGUCAUCCUGGCUCCCCCCGGCCGUACGCGCCUAACAGCGUCGAGGCCAAGGCUUACAAGUGGCUCGACAGUAAAAACUACAUCCUGCGCUCCGAAUAUGCCAACUGGAUUAGAAGCGUUAUUAACAGGGCUAUAAACCACAUAAGUAGUCCGAAAACGUCUCACAACACGGAUAUGGAGAAUACGUAUUCCGUGCGAGUGACCGAGAGCGGGCCGGCCGUCACUCUCAUAAUAGAGAACGACAGGGGCUUCAAGCUAGACGUGGACUUAGUGCUGGCGCUGCGCUUCUCCGAGAGCCGGUGGCCGGUGGAGGGGUACCGCAGCAUCCCGCGGGGCUGCGCCGUCGGCCAUUGGAUGGUGGCGCCUAAGCCCAAUAGGCACGGCCACGACAUCCACGACGAGAACCGUUCCUGGCGAAUCUCGCUGCAGGAGCAGGAGAGAAAGUUAAUAUACGACUCGCAUAAUCUGCGCUUGACUGUUAAACUGCUAAAGAAAUUACGUGACUCCAAAAAUAUGUCUCAUCUCGCGAGCUACUAUAUAAAGACUUUGUUUCUCUGGGAAGUGUCGGAAAAUAACAACAAAGAUUUCUGGAUGAGAAAUGACUUGGCGACACUGUUCAAGUAUAUGUUACAGAAACUUCACACGGCAUUGCGGGCACAGAGGAUUAAUUACUUCUGGAACUCGAGGUACAAUCUCAUAGGAAGCCUAAAUUCCAGUAUAGUGGAAUCAUACGCUAACAUCGUGGCCAACUUGCUACACGCCUUAAAUACGAGCCAGGCCCACGUAAGUGCCGCCAAAUAUUUACUCACCGAUGCCGAAUUUGCGUCAUAUCGGAGAUUCUUCUAACUUAUUUAAUGGGACAUGGACUUUUAAAUCAUAUUGCAAAUCUCAAGAUUAAUGAUGGCACCUUGUGUGUAUUAUGAAGAUUGAUAUUUAUUUAUUAAUGGAAAUAAAUUGUAUAUUUUUUCUAAA